AUGAAAAAAGAUUUUUUUCUUUUAUUUAUAAUACAUUUAUUAAUUUUUUUAUGUAAUUGUCAAACUAAUAUUCCUGGAGAUUUUCCAAAUUAUUAUUUAACAAUUUUGGAAACAAGUUCAGAAGGAAAUGGGACUUUCUCAGCAUACCCUUCUGUUUCUAAUCAGCAAAUAUGUACAUUCAAUUACAAUGCAUUGGUUCAACAUCGAGUAAUAGAUGGUAACGUAAAUACAUUGGUAUCAUCAUCGAAUGAGAUUAAAAUAGUUCCAAUGUCUAGCAGUGGUGAUUGUAAACUAUUUUCUUUAGUUGGUACUUUUAAUACUGGUACAUCUAUUAGUAUUAAUUUGACUGCAAACUCUGAAGCAAACUUUACAAUUAAUUAUACUUGUAAUGAGGUUAAAAUUUCGGAAAUUGAAGUUGUAAUUUUAAGACCAUUUGUUGUUUAUGAACAUCAAAUGUUCCUUUCCUCAUUUAUGUUAAAAGGAAUGGGUGGUCAUAUUUUUAAUCAAAUAGAAGUCCAAACAAAAGAUUCUGGUGUAAUGGGUUCUUAUACAGAUGUUGGAGGUUUUUUAUUUAUUUGGAACAUAUUCUAUAUAAUUGAUAAUAUUAAUAAUCCCUAUUGGAAUAUAACAAUUGCUUUAGGAAAUGAUAAUAAAACUAUUUCAUUUAAAUCUCUUUAUUCAGAAUAUUCGUUUGAACAAUUACCACAACAAUUAAAUGAGUUAAUAUUUUAUCCAGAAAAUUAUAAUAAUCAAACUUAUUCACAAUUUGGUUUUGGAUCUAAUCCAUUUUUAACAACAAGUUUCAAAAGUGAAGUUUUUCCUCCAUUUCAAUUUCAUUUUCAAACCUAUGCUUACCCAAAACCUAUUAAAGGAUCAAAGAGUGAAAUGGUUUUUGGUUUAGAAUUUCUUGGUUCGAAUGAUCCAUCUCAUCCUUUUACCAAUACCCUUAUAAUUCAAAAUAAAACAUCGAUAAUUAAUUCAACAAUUGAUUCAGUAUGUAAAAUCUUCCCACCUCCUUCUUUUCCAGAGGUUGGAAAUAGAAUUUUAUUACAAGGAGAAGAAAUUUUUAAUUUUAUUGUAACUAAAUUAGAAUAUUAUUUUUCAGAAUUUGAAUUUAAUUAUAAUGGAAAAUCAUUUAUUAGAGGAUUUCCUUAUGGUUUUUAUAGAGGUUCAAAUGAUAACCAAACACUUAGUUGUUCAUUUAAUAAUCCAUUAUUCUUAAGUGACCCAUCAUUUAAUUUGAAAAUUAUCAAUGGAGACCAAAUUGUUUUUAAUUUUGAUCCAAUAGCAACAAUUUGUAAAAGUAUUAAUACUCCACCAAGUAUAAUAAGUUAUAAUUUUAUACCAAUUAAUUCAUUAACAUGUUUAUUAACUAUAGAAUUUAAAUCUGAUAAUGGAGUUUAUUCUAUUAAUGUUGGUCAAGAAACAUUUGGUUUGGAAUCACUCACCAGUGGUAAUUCAAGUAUGGGUACUUUUGAAUUUAUUUUUAAUAUUAUUUAUUCACCAAUUAAUUUAAGAGUUACAGAUUCCUGUGGAUUAUUUUCAUCUUUUAAUCAUGGUGAUAUUAUUUCAAUGUAUCCUUUACUUCAAUAUAAAGUUCCAGACUAUUUAUUAAAUAAAUUUUCAUAUGAUACUUUUAAUAUAACAUUUGAAAAAAAUGAAGUUAAUUUAUUAAAUAAAACGGGGUAUAAUAUUCUUUAUAUAGAUGGAAAUAAUUUAUCACGAUAUAAUACAUUAGGUAUUUUAUUAUAUGAUCAAGUUUCAGUCACCCUUUAUGAUCUAAAUUUUAUUGAUAAUGUAGUUCCUUGUGAAUAUAAUGGUAUAGAAAAUAGAUUUGAAUGUAGAUUAAUUAUUCCAAAAAACAAUAUUUAUGAUUAUAUUAGAUAUGUACUUGUAUUUGGAUCAGGUAAUAGAUUAAUGUAUUCUGGUAAUUUUCCGAUAUUCUCAACAUUAAAAGUUAGUGAUUCAUAUUUGGAUAAUGAUGGUCCAAUUUUUAGUUUAAUAGAAAAGAUAGAUGGUAUUGAUUUUGUAUCAGGUAUUAAACAAAUUGGUUGGAAUUUUACAAUAACUGAUGAUUUAAAUGGAUUUGAAAAAGGAUACAUAAAAGUAAUGGGUUCAUUAGAUAGUUCAACCUAUGAAUUUAAUUUUACAUCAUUAGAUUUUAUUGAAGGAGAUAAAUGGAAUGGAGUUUAUUCAUUAUUAAUAAAUGUAUCUUCAGCAUGUUGUUCUCAAACUUUAACAAUUACAAAUGUUAUAUUAUAUGAUACAAAUAAUAUCGUAUCAAAAUUUUCAAUUUUUCCUAGAAAAUCCUGGGCAGAUACUCUUACAAAUCCAUUUAGAAAUUAUUAUAAAAGUGGAAUGAAUAUAACAAAGAUCAAUAUAUCUUGUGAUAUUGAAUUAUUUCCACAAGAUGAUUCAAAUCCCGUAAUAUUAUCAACAUUUAACAUUUCCACAAAUAUUUUAAAUGUAAUUGGUACAAAUAGGGAUGUAACAAUUGAUUUUUCAGUUAUACCCUCAACAUCAGGUUUAAAAUUAGAUCAAUUACCAGUGGUUUAUAUUCAUGCUAACCCAAAUUCUUUAAUUGAUUGUAAAUCAAAAUUAAAAAGUCAUAAUCAAACAUUAGUUGUUUAUUCAUGUACUAUUGAAAUUCCACUUGGAUUUGGGUAUCCUGGUAAUUUAUUAUUUUCAAUUUAUGGAUUCAUUAAUAAUGCAGGUUUUUAUAAUGGAAUUUUAUCAGAAGAUAUUGAACUAAUUGGAGCACUCAAUUAUAUUUAUACAACACUAUCAUUGGAUGAACCAACAAUCACUUCAACAUCAUACAUUUAUUCUGAUACAACCCAAUUUCAAAUUUUUGGUAGAGGUUUAUCUAAAAGUUUUAAUGUUAAUAUUUAUUAUUCUACAUAUAAUUUAACAGUACCUCCAAAACAAACUAAUAGUUCAUUUUUAACAAUAAAUAUUAAGCCAUCAAAAGAUCCAUUUAAAAUUCAAGUUGAAACAUUAAAUCAUAAAUCAAAUAUUUUUACAAUUUAUCCAAUUUAUUUUGAUUUAGAUCGUAAUGAAACAAAUCCAACUCAAUCACCAACUCCAACUCAAUCACCAACUCCAACUCAAUCUCAAAGUAAUUUAUGCAAAGGUAAUCCUCAAUGUGGUGGUCCAAACCAAGGAGUAUGUAGUUUAAAUGGUUGUAUUUGUUUUUCACCUUGGAUGGGUUCAUCUUGUAAUUCUCAAAUUAUAAUUGUACCACAACCAACAAUUAAUACAACAAGCCCAUCAACUGUGAUUCCAAUACCUAAUAAUUCAACAGAUUCAUCAAGUUUAUUAUAUAGUACAUUAAUUUCAAUUGUAUCAUUAAGAGAAUUAAAUUUUAAUGGUGGUCAAGAAAAAAUAUUUUAUUUUGAAAAAUGGAUUUAUUCAAAUAUUAAUGAUUAUAAAAGUAUUUAUUUUACAACAAUCCCAUCAGUAAAUUCAAAUAUAACAGUAACAUUAGAAUGGUAUAAUUCAAGUUCAAUUAUUAAAUUUGCAAAUGAAACUUUUACAAUGAACCCGUCAAGUAUUAAAUAUACAAUUGAAAUUGAUGGGUAUCAAUUUUCAAAUAAAUUAAAUAGUCUUCAAUUGGUUUUAUCAGCAUCAUUAGAAACUAAUAAAGAAGAUGUUUGUUCAUCUAAAGAAUUUUGGUCAACUGAUACUACUAAUAAAUUUCUUAAUACAAUUGAUGAACCUUCAUCAGUUCAAUCAUUCAUUGGUAUUACAAUUCCAAAUUUUUCAAAAAAUAUUACCAUUGACCCAGACUUUUCUGUUCUUUUUGAUUAUUCUAAAGAUUCAAACUCAAAUUGUUAUUCAAAUUCAAAACUAUCAGGUUCUCAAAUUGCCGGUAUUAUAAUUGGUUCUGUAUUGUUUGUAACAAUAAUAAUAAUAUCAAUUAUCUAUUACAUUAUUAAAAAAAGAAAACAAAAAAUAUUUUUAAAAAAUAUUGGAGGUAAACUUCAAAAAAUAAAUAAAUAA